UCGAGAAGUUAUAGCUCUGUUUGCGACAUUUUUCUUUCUUUUAUCGGUCAUCCAAUGUUUUAUGUGAUGAAAUAACACGUCGAUUACGAGUAUUUUCGAUAUUAGUGUUCAUAGUCGUAAUUAAGUAAACGCUAGAUUACGAUAUAAGCUAAUAAUGGGCGACGAAAGCCACCCGAAAACUCUCUACGUCGGUAAUUUAGACGCGAGUGUCACAGAAGAUUUUCUAUGCGCAUUGUUCGGACAAAUAGGCGAAGUAAAAGGGUGUAAGAUAAUCCGCGAGCCUGGCAACGAUCCGUAUGCUUUCCUGGAGUUUACAAGUCACACGUCGGCGGCUACGGCCCUGGCCGCCAUGAACAAGCGAGUGUUUCUUGACAAGGAAAUGAAGGUUAACUGGGCCACAAGUCCUGGGAAUCAGCCGAAGACGGACACGAGCAACCACCACCACAUAUUCGUAGGGGACCUGUCGCCAGAGAUUGAAACACACAUAUUACGCGAUGCUUUCGCCCCGUUUGGUGAGAUUUCGAACUGUCGGAUAGUUCGCGACCCACAAACGCUCAAAUCUAAGGGGUACGCUUUUGUAUCGUUCGUGAAGAAGGCAGACGCUGAAGCUGCGAUCCAGGCUAUGAACGGGCAGUGGCUGGGCUCGAGAUCUAUACGGACGAACUGGUCGACACGCAAGCCGCCAGCCAACAGGCCAAACGAGGGCGCUCCCAGCAGCAAGCGAGCGAAGCAGCCUACAUUUGACGAGGUCUACAAUCAGAGUUCACCCACAAACACGACUGUUUACUGCGGAGGAUUCACAAGCAAUGUUAUCACCGAGGAGCUAAUGCAGAACACAUUCUCACAGUUUGGUCAGAUACAGGACAUCAGAGUGUUCAGGGAUAAAGGCUAUGCAUUCAUUAGGUUCACAACUAAGGAGGCGGCUGCUCAUGCAAUUGAAGCCGUUCAUAACACAGAAAUUAGUGGACAUACAGUAAAAUGUUUCUGGGGAAAAGAGAAUGGAGGAGGGGGUGAUAAUCAGAGUACGACUAACACUGCAACACCAGCUGCACCGGCUAACAUGGGAGCACAAACGCAAUAUCCAUAUCCAUACCAACAAAGCAUGGGUUAUUGGUAUGCUCAGGGCUACCCGGCGAUACAAGGAUACAUGGCGCCGGGAUACUACCAGCAGUACGCUGCUGCCUAUAGCAACCCGCAGGCUGCGGCUGCAGUUUCAAGCGACAACCCGGGCUACCGCAUGUCGGUGCCGGGCGGCGCAGGCGGCGCGGUGGGCGCGGGCGCGGGGUGGGGCGGCGCGCCGCAGCCGCUCAUGUACUCCGCCGCCGCCAUGCCCUCCGCGCAGUACCCCUCGCAGUAAACCUCAACAGUCACCAGUCAACAUCGCCGACGCGUCCCGAUUCCCGUUCCACCUCCGUCGUCCCGACUCGGCCGCAGAGCGAAUCCCACCCUUUCGAUGCUAUUCCGCUUAGGUAGUCGCGCGUAGAUUUAGAGGAAUAGGGUGGGGCCGUGGGAGAUCGUCUGCGGACUCGGCUCGCCGCUCCCGCGCGGCGUCCGCUUCGCUCGAGCGAUCGUUUCGUACUUUUUUAAACAAUCAGACUCUUUUCGAGAAAACCUCUUUGUAAGAAAUCAUGGUAGUUUUUUACCAUACCGCCCCUCAAUGUCUUGCUGUGGAUGUUGGCUGGUGCCCUGUUGAGCGAUCUGGCCGUGCGAUCGCAGACCUCCGACCCGGCAGCACCGGCGAGCCUCACGGAGACGCGACUCGACAGGCCGGCGCGGCUCGACUCGCCGGUGGCCCGUCUCUCAACCCGUCAAGCGCCCGUCGAGGCGCAUCUCGCGUCCGUGGCCGCCGUAGUACCGUACCGUUAACACAGACAGUGCAUGGUGUCUUCAGUCGGAGCCGUCUUGGGGUGGGCUUGCCUCGCCGCGGCAAUCUCGAGUCGCCGCUCUCCGGAGCCCAAAUUUCGUCCUGCUGCUACUUGGUCCAGGCUUUCGAGAAGUGCAGGGACAAAGUGCCUCAUCUGGAGCGGCGGUGACCCCCGGGCGGCUGUCGAGAGCGGACGCAUGACGCGGGCCGCGGACCCCGGACGGUGGCCCGCGGUGCAGUUUUGAUUCGUUGACACGGCGCGCUGGUUUUGUUAGCAAACCUACAUAGAUAGGACAUAACGAAAUAAAUUAUAAAUUUUUAAAAAAGUUAUAAAAUAUAUAGGGGGAGUAGUGUCGCGAGUGGCCUCGUGUACAUACGAUGAUAUUUAUUGCGCGCUGCGCUCUGGCUGACUGAAACCCACCACUCCUCGACGCGCCAGACCGUUUGACGUAUUUAUAAUUAUUAAGUUCGGCACAUGUUGUUUUGUUUGACCUGAAUUGUUAUGAUUUAUUGUAUGGAAACACUGGUGAGUCAAUAAAGCAGUGGGUCUGGGACAACGGGUGUUUGAUUUCCCGUACGGAGCCGCUGCACAUUCGACCGGCACUUUUUGACGGACCUCAUACGUAUUCCGUUCCUUUUGUUUCUUUUUCGUUUACC